AUGUUCUUCGUGCGUUUCAUCAGAGUUCAAAGCAGGAAACUCCUUUUCCUCGAAAAGAACAAAAAUCGUCCUCAAUAUUUAUUGAAUCAAAACAUUCGGUCAGUUAUUUUCCAAUAUAAAAGAAUAUUAUCUUUUUGAUUUCAUCUCGAAUGUUUUUCAAUGAUCUUCUUAUUGCUCUUCCUUUCUAUUUUUGGAAUAUUCAGGAACUGUGAGUCAAGAGGAAAUAUUGCAACUUAUGUAGGCCAAACAUAUUGGAGUCACACUAAACAGGUUCAUCAAUAUUUUGGCUCAGUUAUAUAUGAAAAGAAUUCCAGACCAAUGAUGGAACCAAUCUGAAACUUUCUGAAUUAGUUGAUUUGAAGCUACGUAAUACAAAAACGGAUUUGUUCAACUUGGGGAUAGCAGAAUCCAAUAAAACAAUUUACGUCAUCGGUGAACGGGUUUUUCGUGAUAAUGUUUCGAAAUUUUGUUCCGAGCUUAUUGAGCAAUAUAUUUUCACAACUUCUCAAGAUUUCCGGUAUGCAUUUGCUAUUUUAAUUGUUUUCUAUUCUUAAAAUUUAUAGAGAUGCGAUACAUUUCAAACCGUUUGCAACACUUUCACCACCAAUUUCGAAGUUAGUUCGUUUUUCAAUAGAUUUUUUCACCACAACAAUUCAAUUUUUGGAAUUAUUUUUUCAGAAAUAUUCACUUCACAAAAAUAUCCGAAAGCUUUUUUUAUUUUCCAGCAUCACAAUUAAUUUUCCAACUCGUUGGAUUCGGCAUUAUUCAAACACUGGUUUCCAAAAAUCACCAACAGUUUUUGUUUGUUAUGAAGGUUUCUUAUUGCUUCACUUUCGAAUUUUCACAAUAUUAUUUUUUGCCAGGAGAUUCAUUUCUUCGUAUCGAAAAAGUUCAACCAGCUUUGAAACAAUUGUGGCAAGUCAAACAAAACACAUGUUUUUCUAUUGUAAGUUGAAUUAUAGAGUUUUUAUCACGUCAUCAGUUUCCAAUUUCAGAGAAAUCAUUAUAAUGAAAAAUGUCGUGUUCGUGAAAUUCUAAUGUUUCUUGACGGGAAUUGGCAUAAUCAUAACCUUCUACCACAAUCCUCAAAAGCGAUAGCAAAAAUUGAUUUUCAAUAUACUUUAAAAAGAAAGGUGUUCACACAAAAAUGUGAUUCUCAAAUGUCAGAGUUAGUAAUUUUGUGAUAUUCAAAACUUUAUUUUUUUUUGUUCAAGAUUGCAAGAAUGUUGUCUUUUGGAAGAAACUGUUGAACGCUACGGAAAACAAUUUAUACUCAAUCGUUGUGCUGGAACUGCUUCUGUUAACGCUCAAAUUGCAUCAUUCAUGCCGAUCAAAUAUGAGACAUUUUUGAAAUAUACUGAUUUUGGAAGAAGAUUUGUGAAUUCCAAAUUAAGAGUUUGUCGUGCCCUGGAGCAUAAACCAGUUAUUUACGAAAAAUCUGAAGGAGAUUACGAAGUAUCAACUGAUCUGAAUGCAACAAAAUGUGCUGUCGUUUAUUGA